GUCUCGGGUUUUGAUUUGCUUUAUUUACGAGGGUUUGAUUGUAAAAAACGCGAAACCGACGAGGCGUUGUCUUCGGUGGCGGGCGGACUUUUUGUUCCUCCCGAUCCAUGAUCACCGCUUUGCCCGUAUGCUGAACUCGCGGAAGAAGUUCCGGACCGGCGGCAGUGGCGGCGGAGUUUCCCGGCUUCUCGCCGGUCUCCGCCCUCCCGAGCAGGGUGGAUCGCUCGUCGUCCAGACUGGCUUUCCCACCUCUCUCGCCGACCUCGUCGUCAAAAACCGCGACCGGUUGAAGAAGCCCUCGCGGAGGAAGAAGCCGCCUCCGCCACCAGGGUACGACUCCGGCGAAUCCACUGCCUUCGCCUCCUCCUCCUCCACCUUCGCAUCCUCUUCCAUCUCAGCUCCUCCGUCCAAUGUUAGUCCUCGACCCGGUCUCAAUCCCCCCGUUCUGGAGGCAGAUUCGUGCUCUCCGUCGCCUCUCGCAUUUUCCGUGUCGGCGAGUAGAAGGAUCGAGUUUCUUUUGGUCGUGAUGGUGAUUUUGAUGGCUCUGGCGAUAGAAAGGAGGAAACUUGUAGCUGCAAUCGUGCUGUCCGCCUUUGUUCUACGGCUCUUGGAUCGGAAUGGGUUUCUUCUACUUUGGUUCUCGAAUCCGCGCUCGAAAGCGGAGAGCACGCUCAAUUCGUCCGUCAAAGAUUGUGAAUUAGAAGGAAGGGGAGUGGUUUCGCCGAUCAGGGAAAUCACCACCGAUAGCUCUUCGGAAACUGCAAGAUCAGAGAGGAGCUCUGUUGAUUUGAUCCAGCAGAAAGGGGUCCCGUUGAAAAGGAGAGACGCCGAGAAGGUUCACCUCGAACCUGAUCCCGUUCCGAAGGCCAAUUCAAAAUUGAAGAAGUUUCUGAGAAAAUUUCUUUCGAAGAAAUUUCGCCGGCGAAAGUGUCACGAGGAAAGAGAAGCGCUCGUCCCGGAUUCCACUAAAAAUGCAAUCUUGGAUAAGGUUACCGAAAUAGAGGAGGAAAGCAAUGGCGACGCAGAUCCCGACAUUGAAAAUGAAGAAAGCACUGUGAGCAUAGUUGCCUCUGAUGAAGUUUCUGAUCAUGAUAUCAGAUUAUUUCAAGAGGACGUGCCUGAAACAAAAUCUAGGAACUCCCAGGUAUUGAUUUUCUGGGCUAUAGUAUUGCUAGGGCUUCUGGGUGGUAAGACUACAGCCAUUGUUCUAACUGUGUCUUGGCGUCUAUUACUCAGACCGACUGAAUUCGUGUGGAAGAAAGGAAAGAAUUUGAUUGUUUUAUUGUAGAAUGAAUACAUGCGACUUUUUUUGUUUCU